AUGUCGGACAACAACAGUCACCCUGGGGUGCGCAGCCUCCUUGCAAAGUUCGAGAAUAGUCAAAGCCCCAUCACCUCUCCUCCUUCUCGUGGCCGGUCCCCCGUCGGCUCUGAUACUUCCAGCUCGGCCAGACAGCUUUCCAAAGUCCGGGCCAGCUUUGUGACGGUGGAGGGCGCACUUCAGUCAAGUCCCGGCUCACCCUUGAGAAAGACAAGUGGACCUAGCGGCCGGAGCGAUAGUCCUGGAUUCUUUGGACCGACAAUCAACACCAAGGAGAUUGAGUCGCGUCGUCAAACCAAUGUCAUUUCACCCACACCUGUCAGCUCAGACAAGUCACCCACAAGUGUCUUGAGUGGCGGAGAAAGCGAAGGUGCUGAAACGAGAAACGCGAUCGGCACAAACGAAAAGGUGGUUCCAAAUGGCCCUGUGACGCAGGUGCCCGCCGGGAAUGCGGCUUCGGCGCAGUCUGAGCCCACACAGAGAGACCAGCCACUUCCAGCCAGAAUGCCUUCUUCAAACGGUGAAAAGAAAGACGUGACAAAGCCUGCCCACAAGCGGUCCACGAGUGUUCAAGACAGACAGAACAGCACUCAGAUGACCACUACCGCCGCUUCCCAAAAGAUGUCUGGCAGUCAAGGAGGCGCCAAACCUCAAUCGGCUCGUGAGCUGGCAAAGGAAAGAGCCAAUGCUCUUGCCCACAGGCCGAGCCGUCCCUCUCUCAAUAAUGCCUCCAAGGCCACGACCCGGCCAACAAGAGGCGCAACCCCCUCUGCAGAUCCGCAGAGAGCCACUGCAGGCAGCUCCAUCACCAACGAGGCAAGGUCACCAGCACGGUCUGCCCGCCUGACAAGCUCGGCCACCGCCCAUAAACAAUCUCUCCACAACGCCAAGGGUGGAGGUGCUGGCACUGCGCCGGGCCGCACUGAGAAGACAGCUUCGUCCCUCAACCGGAAGCCCUCGACAUUAAAGAGUGCUGCGAGCCCUGCGGCGGCGGUUCGGCGACAAGCUUCUCGCCCCUCGCUACCCGCUCAACACGCAACAGAGCGUCCCAGCUCCCGAGUCAGCAACGUUGGCACCAAACCCGUGAAUGAGGGAUUCCUGGCCCGAAUGAUGCGACCCACGGCCAGCUCGGCAAGUAAGACCCAGGAUAAGUCCGAGGUCAAGGCUCCUCUCCCCAAGUCGACCGCAGCAUUCAAGGCCCCUCGACCGUCCGCCGCGCGCCCUGCGGACCGUACCACGCAGCAGAGCAAAGCCAAAGUUCCCGCCGCAAAACCACACCAGGAAAAGGCCCAGGUACCAAGAAAGGAUCGUUCCACUGAAAGAGGUCAGCCUAAGCCCACUGAGAAGCAACUAGGGGGGGAGAGUACCAUUCAGGAUGCUGCGGUUCCAACACCCGAGGAGGACUCUGCCACUCAGCCCCAGGAACCUGUGCCUGACAAGGCUGCGGACAGCUCGAUCGAAGAUGCUGCCAAGGAUGCACACCUCGAGCCGUCACCAGAGCCAAUUGAGCAGUCAGAGACCGGCGUUGCAGAUGAGGUGCCUGAAGUUGUGGAAUCCACCACGGACGCCACUACCGGUGCCUCGCCAGACUCUCAUGAGGCUGAGACCACCGUCGAAACGGAGAGCAAGAACCAGGAUAUGGUUUCUGUCGCAGAUGGCGAGACUGAGCCGUCCCAGCCUCUUGCGCAGGCUCAAUCAAACGAGGGCAUCGACCUUGAAACUAUUGUUGAGCCCACUGAGUCCCUCGUCGCCGAGGAUGCUACUAUGGUUGCGACUCAUGAACCAUUGAUCACGGACAACGGAUCCCAGAAGCCUGAGCAGACCAUGACCCCCGACUUGCUCCCUAACAACAAGGGGGUCGACUACACAAUGGACCUUGGCUCAAGCCAGCCUUCCAACCCGAUUGAGGAGUCAAAAGAGUCCAUCCUGGUUGAGGAGCCUGGAAAGCAGGGCAAGUCGGAUGCUGAUGACAUUGACUUUGCUACUCUCGCCCUCAGCUAA